AUGACAUUUGUCAACAUAGCAGAAGCUAGAGGCUUCAAAACUACUCAAGCACUUCACUCCAAGUAUGGAGAUAUUGUCAGAGUCGGUCCCAGGGAGCUGUCUGUUGCAAAUCCAGAAGCUUUCCGUGCGAUUCACCUAUCAUCGUCCUGUGGAAGAGGACCAUGGUACAAUGUGACUGCUCCUAUGAUUUCCUUGCAAAUGGAGCGUGAUGUGAAAAGACACGGGGAGAGACGCAGAGCUUGGGAUAAGGCAUUUGAUAAUCGGGCCCUAGGCGAUUAUAUGACUCGUGUAAACGCUCACACCGAAAAGUUCUGUGCCGCAAUAGAGGACAGUGUGAAGAACAACACCUCAAUCAACGUGACCAAAUGGAUACAUCUCUACAGUUUUGAUAUCAUGGGGGACCUAGCCUUUGGAAGCAGCUUUGACAUGCUUCAGAGCGGCACCUUCCAUUACUUUUUCAACUUGGCGCACAAGACUCUGGAACUUAUUGCUAUAUUUAGCCGACUCGUCUGGCUAUUUCCCGUGGUCAAGGCGGUUCCAUUCCUCAGUAACGACUACAAGUCGUUUCAUAAGUGGGUCGGUUCUCACGUUCGAAGGCGCAUUGCAGUUCCACCGCCCGUAAGGGAUAUUUUCUCAUGGAUCCUUAACGACUAUCAGCGAAUGCAAAAGCCUUCAUGGCAGGAUACCGAGAAUCUUUACGGCGACGCAUCGCUCAUUGUCAUUGCGGGAAGUGAUACUGUCGCGGGCACUUUGAUCUGUCUUUUGUAUCAUUUGGCUUCUAGCCCAGAUGUAUGCAAGAAGCUAAGGGACGAAUUGCAUUCCUGUGCAGAGGAAAGAGCCGAUACGGAAUUGAGGCCCGACGAGCUUGCUAAGCUUCCUUAUUUACAGGCUUGUAUCGAUGAAACUCUCCGUCUUUGGCCAGCUGUCGUGGAUGGGCUGCAACGAGAGACGCCCCCUGAAGGUCUGACAAUUGGCACCGAGAAAAAGAGCACUUGGAUUCCUGGAAAUGUGAUUAUCAAAACGCCUUCAUAUACUCUCUGUCGAGAUCCACGAGCGUUUUCUCGUCCUGAUGAGUUUGUACCUGAGCGCUGGACAACCCAACCAGAGCUCAUACUCGAUGCAUCUGUCUACGCACCUUUCUCUCUUGGGCGUUUCUCCUGUGUUGGUAAGCGGCUAGCGAUAAUGAUGAUGAGGCGAUUCAUCAGUUCCAUAAUCCUGCGCUAUGAACUGGAGAGUCUGUUCAAGUCAGCUCAAGGCGCCUUCGAACGGCAGGUGAAAGAGUAUUUUACUCUAACUCCUCCUGACUUGGAAAUCCGUUUCAUCAAGGGACAAAAGAGAUGA